ACUUUGAACUUGUGAUCCUCCUGCCUUGGCCUCCUCCCAAGUCGCUGGGAUUACAGCGUGCACCACGGAGCCCACUUAAGCCUACAUUUUUAUCUAGUGAUCAGUUUAGCCCUUGCCUUCCUUUGACAGUAUGUAUUCAGUCUUCUCCAACAGUUUGUUGCUUUGGUUCUAUCUCUUCAGUUAGACUACAAGCUCUUUGGCUGAAUAUCUAGGUAUAUUUUAGCUUAUUUAAAACCCCCUUUAAUUCCCCUCAUAUAUCCUUCAGCAGAUGCACAGUAAACACUUGUAGUUAUUCUGUUUACCACUCAUAGCUGUAAAUAAAUAUAGCCUAAGGGUGCUGUUUUAAAUUUUCUCUUUUUUCUUUCAUUAAAGAAAGACUUAGCUGUCACUAUGUUGAAUUUUUUUCGUCCUUCUAUUUUUCCUGAAAUUGCCCUGAAAAGAGAGUCCUUUAAAAUUCUAAGGAUUAUGCUAAAGUUGUGCAGUGUGCUCAGGGUGGGGACUUAAUUACAAGGUUUGAAAACCUCUUCAGGUGGUGGUUCCAUAGUGUGACUAAAAUACUGCUUUGCUAAAUUAAGAACAGCUGGAGCAUGUUGCUAGCUAGUAUAAGAGAGUUGGUGGUGGUGCUCUGUGUCCCAAAGAAGUCUUUGCUCUUUGGAGCCUGUGGAGCUUAAGCCAAGCUUACCCUUUCCUCAUCAGUGUCACGGUGGGAUAGUAACAUCUUUUGGGGGAACGAGAAUUGGCUUCCUUUCGUAAGAGUGGUGGACGUGCAGCAGACAGCUAUAUGGCAGGAACAAUAAUCAGAUGGCUACCUUCUGCAUUUUGUAUUAGGAAACAAAAUCAAUUAUAAGAGUCCAUGUUGAUCUUGGAAGUAGAAGGAUUCAAAAAAAAUAAGUUACCACAAAGAACAAGAACUUUACCAUCUCCUUUUUGAUCUGAAGACUGGGGACAAUGGAUAUCAUAGAGACAGCAAAACUUGAAGAACAUUUGGAAAAUCAAUCCAAUGAUCCGGCAAACACUUACACAAGACCUGCUGAGCCCGUCGAGGAAGAAAACAAAAAUGGCAAUGGUAAAGCUAAGAGUUUAUCCAAUGGGCUGCGAAAGGGCACCAAAAAGUACCCGGACUAUAUCCAAAUUGCUAUGCCCACCGAGUCGAGGAACAAGUUUCCCCUAGAGUGGUGGAAAACGGGCAUUGCCUUCGUGUACGCACUCUUCAACCUCGUCUUGACAACAGUCAUGAUCACAGUUGUGCACGAGAGGGUCCCUCCCAAGGAGCUCAGCCCUCCCCUCCCAGACAAGUUUUUUGAUUACAUUGAUCGGGUGAAAUGGGCAUUUUCUGUAUCAGAAAUCAAUGGGAUUAUAUUAGUUGGAUUAUGGAUCACCCAGUGGCUCUUUCUGAGAUACAAGUCAAUAGUGGGGCGCAGAUUCUUUUUUAUCAUUGGAACUUUAUACCUAUAUCGCUGUAUUACAAUGUACGUUACUACUCUCCCUGUGCCUGGAAUGCAUUUCCAGUGUGCUCCAAAGCUCAAUGGAGACUCUCAGGCAAAAAUACAGCGGAUUCUCCGGUUGAUUUCUGGUGGUGGAUUGUCCAUAACUGGGUCGCACAUCUUGUGUGGAGACUUCCUCUUCAGUGGUCACACAGUUGUGCUGACACUUACAUAUUUGUUCAUCAAGGAAUAUUCGCCUCGUCACUUCUGGUGGUAUCAUUUAAUCUGCUGGCUCCUGAGUGCCGCCGGGAUCAUCUGCAUUCUUGUAGCGCAUGAACACUACACUGUUGAUGUGAUCAUUGCUUAUUAUAUCACAACACGGCUCUUUUGGUGGUACCAUUCAAUGGCCAAUGAAAAGAACUUGAAAGUCUCUUCACAGACUAAUUUCUUAUCUCGUGCGUGGUGGUUCCCCAUCUUUUAUUUUUUUGAAAAAAAUGUACAAGGCUCAAUUCCUUGCUGCUUCUCCUGGCCACUGUCUUGGCCUCCUGGCUGCUUCAAGUCAUCAUGCAAAAAGUAUUCACGGGUCCAAAAGAUUGGUGAGGAUAACGAGAAGUCUACCUGAGGAUCCAGAGGCACCAGCUCUUACACCAAAAGAGUUUUCAUGCUGCAACCAAAGGUAUAGCUUUGUUUUUAUUUUAGGAAAACAGACUGGUAAAUGAAGACGUGGACCAAAAUUUUGUGUAAAUGAUUGGAAAGAUGAACAAAGUAUUACUUUUUGACUGUUUCCUUUUUUAAUUCAGCCUGAGAAAGAUAUAUUUUCUUGCAGCUCUUCAUUCAUUGGAGACAAGCCCCCAUCCUGGGAUUUUACUAGUGAGCUUGUUAAAGAGGUGCCAAAGAACAUAUUACCCAUUUUCUUAUUCUUUCGCCACUAAAAUCUUCUACUUCAGCAUUCUUUCAGGAUAUUUUUUUCCUCCCAGGGUCAGAAGAAUUUGUUAAUGUUUUGAAUAAAAUGUCUGGAUGUAUACAGCCACUGUGUAAAUAGAGUAGCCUAAUGUUGAAAGUAGUUUUUAGCAUUAGGCUUUGGGUGGGGAGGGCAGUCCACGGCUGUGAGUCACAUUUGGGUGCACUUUUGCUUCUACCCUGUUGCAAGGAAGGUUGGGGGGAGUGUAGGAAUGCGCUCUGCUGCUACCACCCUAUGCACUAUGUAUCCCUUUUAGUCCUAUGUUUUUAACUGACGAUUUUAUCUUUUUUAUUUUAAAAGGUGAUCCAAGGAAAUAUAAAAGUAUUUGACUCACCCACAGAUUUUACACAUGUGUAAAUAUUUCACUUUAAAAUAUCUAUGGCAGAUACACAGGAAGCAGGGGGUUCCUUCUGCUAAGGAAUGGCCCUCAUGCACACACUUAGAUGCAGCCUGACUGGCAGAUUUGCAUCUGGGACCCCAGGGAUGUCAACUGCGCCAGCACAGGCUGGAAACAUGCAUGUGUGAACAGGUGCUCACACCCCUUGGGGAACAAGUAUGUAUUUCCCUUCCAGCUCAGGUGCUGGGGUAAAGUCUGUUUUAAGGUUCCUAAUUGGAACCCCAAAAGAUAUCUGGGCACAUUUCAUUAAAAAUUAUUUCUUCCUAGUUGCAUUGUACUUUAUGGAAAAAACAAGACAGAGCCUGAAGGUUUAAUGUACUUUUGACUUUUAUCAACAGCCUCAGCUCCCAUACACUCUUCCUGAGGACAUGUACCACCACUGAGUAAUUUGACUUUUACCCUGUGAAAAUUAAUACAUGGUGCUGUACUUUAAUAUGCUUUUGGAAUCAACUUGUUAGACAGGCACAGCUACAUGGAAAAAGAGGGAUAAUUGUUUCUAAAUUUCAUUGAGUUGAUGCAAAACAGGUGGAUUUUAAAAAUCUGAUCAGAUUUAAUACUAUCAGAUUUAGUGCUUUAUUUACUGCUAUUGAAAUUUUUGGAUAAUUCUUGGCUUAAAUUCUUAACUAAUUAAAGGUCAAUUUGUAAGACUUCUGGUAAACUUAGAAAAUAUUCUAUGAGGGCAGAGAUAGGAUAGGCCAGUAGAUUGGGAUGAGGCAGUUACAAGUAUAUUAAAGGUGAAAUUUCCUCUUACAUGAGAAACAUCUCUAAAUUUAUCAUUAUACACUAGUCAGCCUUGAUUAUACAAAAUUGGCCAUUAAAUUGCUUGAGAAAAGCACAAUAUAGAUCUGUUCAGAGAGGUCAUUAUCCUUUGGUGCUAAAAUUCUGUAUAGUUUUCAGAGUGUUUUUUUUCCCCUCCUCUAUGUAAUAGAAGAAUCACUAAAGGAAAAGUGGUUGAAUUCAAAGACCGGGAGAAGGCUCUCUAAUCUGGUUAUUUUAAAUAAGAAUUAAAACCUUAAACAUCUUGGCAGAUUUUGAAACACAAGGAUUUUUCCAGUAUUUUUAUUAUAUAAAAUGAUAAUAAACAUAUGCCUUGUGUGUUUAGACAUCAUUCUAUGUAAUUUUUGCUUAAGUGUAUCUAUUAAAUAUUGCCAAUUGUGAUAGCACAAGGUGUUCUGCUUGAAAACACUGAUUUUAAAUUCCAUUGUCUGAUUAGGAGGAAAAUCAUCAGACACUAAAGCCUGGAUACUGCUCCCUGAGCCUCUAAUUCAAAUAAAACAAUCUAAUGUCCCUUAGAGCCUCACUCAUCUGUGUCUUGGAUAACCCACUUUUCUCCAAUUGAAUAAGGAAAAGUGCUUAAGCUUUAAAAAUCCGUAUGUAUUGAUUAUUGGACACCUUUGAAACAGUAAGCCUCGCACUUAUAUCAAGUAAUUCACUUUUUAAAAAAAUAAUAUCUUCACCUUCUCAAGAACUUUAUAAACACCCAUGACUCAGGGUGUGGACACUACUGCUCCCAUGUAGUCUACACAAGAUGUGUCAUAGCUUUCUGACAGGUGCUGAGGGUGGGGGUCGUUCAAAGAUUCAAGAUGGGAAAAGAAGAGAAAUAGUGAAACUCAUUGACAUGUGGGAAAGCAAACAUGGGAUUUACCCCAACAUGCUACUCUGAGAUAGAUAGAAAACAAACAAUUAUGAUUUUGUGAAACAGCAAAAUUUUGCAACAUCUUUUCUUUGCCAGUGAAGAUUCACAUCUUAUCCAUUAUCCAUGUUUUUGUAAGCCUGUGCUCCUGUUGAAACCUUUUCUUGUAAUUUAGUCCCUCUACGAAAUACCUAUAAUAGAUAAUGCCUAUAAAUUAUGCUAUACCUUUUCCUAAAUUCUUUCCAAUGGAAAUGAAGUUCUCUCAGAUUCUAGUUUUCAAGCUCCUCCCCUAGAUCUGAAAAGAAAGCAUUCUUCCCCCAGUUCCAUCUGAAUAAAUGACAAAUUUGUCAUUUAAUUAACCGGCAUCUUGGGAAACAAGUUUUGCUGUGGAAGACAGGCUAUUUGGAGAGUAAGCUUGAAAACUGUUUUGUGGGUGACGUGGCAUUAGGGUCACUAGGGGGUUUUUGUUGUAUUACCAGCGCCCCCUUGUGGCUAUAGGUUGUAUGUUUUUUGGAAAGCAGAGGUCACUUUAUAGUGUGUAUUUUUGUUUUUAAAGGCAUUUGUUUUUCAAUUUUUGCCAACUGAAACUAUGGGGGGAAAGUUAUUUUAGAGACGUUUCAAGCCCUUCCCACUUGUAAAAUGUGCUCAGAUUAUAGGAAGCUGCAAUUUGAAUCUUUCAUCCAUAUGAUCAAAGAAAAUUUGCAGAUCAUUUUUACCUCUAGCUACACAAUCAUUAAUGUCUCCCUUUAUAACUACCUACACUUUUGUUUACUUUGAAACCCCAAGUCAGCUGUCUUUCUUAUUUUUUAAAAUUUACAUGCUCAAACUCGUAAGUUUCCUUUGUAUUUGAAAGCUCACAUCCUGUUCCUUGAAUAUUUUGAACAUUUCAUUUACUGUUGUUGUUUUAAUUUUGUACUGUAAAACUGAUUAAACACUUAAGCCGGUCUUAACGCACUCACCUCUGUAGUGUAAGGAAGUGUGAGAAGGAAUUUCUUAAUAAAUGAGUUUACAGCUUUUAAAUCAAGCAUAUUAUAAGUUAUGUGUAAUGUGUGGAAGGCUUUUCUAUUUUUAUGUAUAAAGAUUCCUCAUAUUUGUGUUUUUAAUGUCAUUGUGUUGCAAUAAUUUAACUCCUUUGACUCAGUUGUUGAAAAUAUUGCUUUUAUGAAGAAGUGCUCUUGACUUCAUUAUCCAAACACUGCAAAUCAUGUCAAAGGUACCCAAAGAUAAGUCUUUACAAAUAGACACCUUGUAAGUUCUGAGUUAUUUUUACUUAAUAACUAUAUUUGUGUUCUAAAUGAAUCAUGAAAGAAGAGUGCUGUCGUGUGGAAUUAUUUUAAAUUGUCCUUUAAAAGAAAAACUAUAAACAUAAGCUAAUCUAGUUGCCAAGUUGGAAUUUAUUAUUUAAUUUACCUCCUAUGCAAUGAUUAAUGCUGCAAAAUGUAUGGUUAUGUUACAGUAUAUUCACAAAAGAAAUAUUAUUACAAGGUUUUGAGGGAUAGCCAGUUGCAUUCUUUUGGAAAUUUACUGUACUAUUUCAAUGUGUUAAGUGCCUUGUUGUAAAGUAAAAUUUUAAGUCUAGAACUCAUUAUUUUCCUGACAUAUAUUUUCAUUAUGAUAUCUACUGUAUGCUAUUGAAUAGUUUAUUAAUCAAAUAUGUAAAUUUCAGAAACUGUUAUCUCCUACCCACCUUAAUCAUUGUUCUAUCAUAUGAUAUUUGAAUUCAGGUUCUUUUUUAUUUUCUUUUUCCUUUUUUCUUUCUUUCUUUUUUUUUUAAUGAGAGGAAAGUUUUGUUGUUGUGUUUAGAAAUAUUUUCCAUGCUUAUGCUUUUGUAUUUGUAAAAAAAAAAACAUUUCAGGAGGAAUUUAGAAGUUAUAACUACUGUUUAUACUUCUAAAAGUACCGUCUUACAUUUGCAUUUUAAGUGCCUAAUUGUUAGUUAAACUAAUUUAUGUUUCUAUUCAAAAGAGGAUUUGUGUACUUGGUUUUUAAUCCCUUUGGUUUUGCUUUAAAGAGCCUAUACUUUGUAUUUAUCCAAUAAACCACAGUGACAUCAACAGUCUUUUCAAAA